AUGGGUCCGCGGCCCCCGCGCCUGCCCGCGCUGCUGCUGCUGCUGCUGCUGCUGCUGCUGCCGCUCCUGCCGGGCCCGGGACCCCGAGCAGCCUCCGGGAAGUCGCACGUGCACCGCCGGGGGCUCCUCGAGCUGGCAGGGACCCUGCAGUGUGCUGGCAUCCGCUCCCCGCUGGCCUACAUGAGCUAUGGCUGCUACUGUGGCCUGGGUGGCCGCGGCCUGCCCCGGGACCCCACUGACUGGUGCUGUCGUCACCACGACUGCUGCUACGCACGGGCCGAGGCGGCCGGCUGCAGUCCCAAGAUGGAGCGCUACGACUGGCAGUGUCAAGACAGGCAGGUCCUGUGCGGACCGGCAGAGAACAAAUGCCAAGAACUCAUCUGCAAGUGCGACCAGGAGGCAGCUCACUGCUUAGCCCAAGCGGAAUACAACUUAAAGCACUUAUUCUACCCCCAUUUCUUAUGUGAGUGGGACUCGCCCAAGUGUGACUGACUAAUCUGACUCGAAAUGUCCUUUUGCCCAAUGAAAUAAAACUCC